AUGACAGGCGCGCCCGAUUCUCAGACUAAAAGUAAUGAUAACGAUAUUGCUCAUCAACUAGCGGGUCAGGAGUUUCGCAUGGAAGAAUAUCCACAGAUCAACGACACAAUUGGCUAUAAUACAUACGACCCCGAAGGCGAUACAUUGGACGAUGAUGACCGUUCGGACUACUCGCGCGGCAGCUGGUACCGGGUCGCCACACCCCUCCCUUCUCCACCGUCGCCUCCACCCGAACAUGAGAGCGGUCUCUCAGAGCCCGACGAUGAUGGAUUCCAGAACGUUGACGCCGAGGACUAUCGGGAAUACGAACGAUGUACUGACGAUGAGGAGGUUGAUAGCAUCAUCAUGCUAGCGAUCCGACAGUUUGGAAGUGUUACACAGAACGACUAUGAACGAAUUCGAUAUUCUUACCGACAUAAGCUUCAACUCAUGAGUACCCAACGCUUGAGGACACGUAUCGCCGCUCUCUCCGGCGUUGAACCAGAGAACGUCGACUGCUGUCUCAAGUAUGUCAUGCAUUCACUGGACAGUACGCCGAAGAGGAUGUCUGUUCGAAAUGCAACGAACCCCGUUACGACUACAAGGGUCGACCUCGAAAGACCUUUCAGUACCUCCUGCCACCCCACGCUCCGCGCAUAUUUCAACAACCCCGACUUCAUUCGGAAAAUGCUUUAUCGAUUUAAUUUUGUUCGACAGCCAGGUGAAAUGAAUGAUUUCUUUAAUUCAUCUCGGUACGAUAAACUAUUGCACACGAAUAUUGUCAUUGACGGCGACGACACUGGAGUGCCUCACUUCCCCGGCAAACACGACAUUGCACUUGCAAUCAUGACUGACGGCGUCCAGAUCUUCGACCAGGUUCUACCGAGACUAACACGUGCUGGCCGAUCAUGGCCCAGAACCUUAACCUGCCGCCGGAGGAACGAGCUCAGAUGCGGAAUCUUAUUCCGUUAG